AUGCUCCAACUCCAAGGUCCAACUCGACUAGCAGCAGCUCAUCAAUUUGCGCUCCUCUCACCUCCGUUCAUCUGGCCACAGCUCGGCCCUAUGCCAUCAUCCCAUGCCCGUCAGCUUGAUUGCGUCCACGGUGGCGGCGUCCAUAGCAUCUGGGCGAAGCGACGGCCGGCCUAUCGCAUGGCUGAUGCUCCAGUUCUUGAAACUUCCUGGUCGCCCGCGAGGCCUGUCUGUCUUGUGCGAAGUUGUGGCCGGCCAUGA